UAGCGCUCGCUUCGCCCCGGGCCCAUCAUGUCUGCUGCAGCUUGGCUCGCACCAGCGGCGCGACAAUAAACAAGUGCACCGGACGGGGCCCUGCACCCGCUACGGAGCAGAUGUCUCAGAGAUCCGGACGAUGCUUACCGCGUUGCCACCUCCUCAACGCCCAGAACAGAAGACGCGACUUUCUCUGAGUUUUUUAGAACCGCCAGGCUGCCAGGACACGCCACAGGCGUAAAACAACGCUGUUCCUGCCCCUCAGACCCCCAAAGGAUGUCGGAGAUAAAGAGUUCCAAAUAAUGACGAUCGUGCGCCGCAUCUGGGGAAGAGAUAGAGAAAAAACCCUGCAAAUACCGGGAGCGAAGAAACAGCCAAGAGGAUGCGGGAGCCGUUCAAAUACUAAUUAGGGGCCGCGGCGGCGGCGAGAUCGGCUCGGGGACAGCGGGCGGCGGGAUCCCAGCUCGGUGGUCGCUGCGCGGGGGGCGGAGGACGGCUUUGGAGCCGCAGCCGCCGCUCCAGCUGCCAGACCAACCGAGGGGCCAGUACCACCUUCUUUCGCCCCCUCACUACCAUGUACAGUGUGCGCUGCAAGAAGAAGGCGGGCUAUGCAUGCACACCCUCGAGCCCCUCUCUCUCUGGCUCUUCCCCGGGCGGGCGCCACUGACCAGGGGGAAAUGUGGUGAAGACCGCGAGGAGAGAACCGAGGGGGGAGGGGAGGGCCGGCCGGCGCGAACCCAGGCCGGAGGGUGCGAGGAGCCAGCGGUAGCUGGAGGGGGCGGCGGCCACUGCUGGGUCGGAGAAAGUUGCCCCCUAUGCAGAUGGGAACUGAGGUAAAAUGCACACUUGCUGCCCCCCAGUAACUUUGGAACAGGACCUCCACAGAAAAAUGCAUAGCUGGAUGCUGCAGACUCUAGCAUUUGCUGUAACAUCUCUCGUCCUUUCGUGUGCAGAAACCAUCGAUUAUUAUGGAGAAAUCUGUGACAAUGCAUGUCCUUGUGAGGAAAAGGACGGCAUUUUAACUGUGAGCUGUGAAAACCGGGGAAUCAUCAGUCUUUCUGAAAUUAGCCCUCCCCGUUUCCCAAUCUAUCACCUCUUGUUGUCUGGAAACCUUUUGAAUCGUCUCUACCCCAAUGAAUUUGUCAAUUACACUGGGGCUUCAAUUUUGCAUCUGGGUAGCAAUGUUAUCCAAGAUAUUGAGACUGGGGCUUUCCAUGGGCUUCGUGGUUUGAGGAGAUUGCAUCUGAACAAUAAUAAACUGGAACUUCUUAGAGAUGAUACCUUUCUUGGCUUGGAGAACCUGGAAUACCUACAAGUCGAUUACAAUUACAUCAGCGUCAUUGAACCCAAUGCUUUUGGGAAACUGCAUUUAUUGCAGGUGCUUAUCCUCAAUGACAAUCUCUUGUCAAGUUUACCUAAUAAUCUUUUCCGUUUUGUGCCCUUAACGCACUUGGACCUGCGGGGAAACCGGCUGAAACUUUUGCCCUAUGUGGGGUUGUUGCAGCACAUGGAUAAAGUUGUGGAGUUACAGCUGGAGGAAAACCCCUGGAAUUGCUCCUGUGAGCUGAUCUCUCUCAAGGAUUGGUUGGACAGCAUCUCCUACUCAGCCCUGGUGGGGGAUGUGGUUUGUGAGACCCCCUUCCGCUUACAUGGCAGGGAUUUGGACGAGGUAUCCAAGCAGGAACUUUGCCCAAGGAAACUUAUUUCGGACUAUGAGAUGAGGCCACAGACGCCUUUGAGCACCACGGGGUAUUUACACACCACUCCGGCCUCGGUAAAUUCCGUGGCCACUUCUUCCUCUGCUGUUUACAAACCUCCCUUGAAGCCCCCUAAGGGAACCCGCCAACCCAACAAGCCCAGAGUGCGCCCCACCUCUAGGCAGCCCUCUAAGGACUUGGGCUACAGUAACUAUGGCCCCAGCAUCGCCUACCAGACCAAAUCCCCGGUGCCUUUGGAGUGUCCCACUGCGUGCACUUGCAACCUUCAGAUCUCAGAUCUGGGCCUAAAUGUAAACUGCCAAGAGCGCAAGAUCGAGAGUAUUGCUGAGCUGCAGCCCAAGCCCUACAACCCGAAGAAAAUGUAUCUGACGGAGAACUACAUCGCUGCUGUGAGCAGGACAGACUUCCUGGAGGCCACCGGACUGGACCUCCUGCACCUGGGUAACAACCGUAUCUCAAUGAUCCAAGACAGCGCCUUUAGGGAUCUCAGCAACCUGAGACGCCUCUACCUGAAUGGCAACAGGAUAGAGAGACUGAGCCCAGAAUUAUUUUAUGGCCUGCAGAGUCUUCAGUAUCUCUUCCUCCAAUACAAUCUCAUACGGGAGAUUCAAUCUGGGACUUUCGAUCCAGUCCCAAACCUCCAGCUGCUAUUCCUGAACAACAACCUUCUGCAGGCCAUGCCCUCAGGCGUCUUCUCUGGCCUGACCCUUCUCAGGCUCAACCUGAGGAGUAACCACUUCACAUCCUUGCCGGUAAGUGGAGUUUUGGACCAGCUGAAGUCACUCAUCCAAAUCGACUUGCAUGACAACCCUUGGGAUUGUACCUGCGAGGUGGUGGGCAUGAAGCUGUGGGUUGAGCAGCUAAAAGUGGGCGUUCUAGUAGACGAAGUGAUCUGUAAGGCUCCCAAGAAAUUCGCAGAGACAGACAUGCGCUCCAUUAAGUCAGAGCUGCUGUGCCCAGACUAUUCGGAUGUGGUGGUUUCCACACCCACACCAUCCUCUAUCCAAGUACCAGUGAGGACCAGCGCCGUGACCCCUGCGGUCCGGUUGAACAGCACUGGGGCCCCUGCGGGCUUGGGUGCCGGCGGAGGUGCAUCUUCCGUGCCCUUAUCGGUGUUGAUCCUCAGUCUUCUGCUGGUUUUCAUAAUGUCCGUCUUCGUGGCCGCGGGGCUCUUUGUGCUGGUCAUGAAGCGCAGGAAGAAGAACCAGAGCGACCAUACCAGCACCAACAACUCCGACGUGAGCUCCUUCAACAUGCAGUACAGUGUCUAUGGUGGCGGCGGUGGCGGCCCAGGCGGCCACCCACACGCCCACGUGCACCAUCGUGGGCCGGCUCUGCCCAAGGUGAAGACGCCCGCGGGCCACGUGUAUGAAUACAUCCCCCAUCCAUUGGGCCACAUGUGUAAAAACCCAAUUUACCGUUCUCGAGAAGGCAACUCCGUGGAGGAUUACAAAGACCUGCACGAGCUCAAGGUCACCUACAGCAGCAACCACCACCUGCAGCAGCAACAGCCGCCGCCGCCGCAGCAGCCCCAGCAGCAGCCCCCGCCGCAGCUGCAGCUGCAGCCCGGGGAGGAGGAGAGGCGGGAAAGUCACCACUUGCGGAGCCCCGCCUACAGCGUCAGCACCAUUGAGCCCCGGGAGGACCUACUGUCGCCGGUGCAGGACGCCGACCGCUUUUACAGGGGCAUUUUAGAACCAGAAAAACACUGCUCCACCACCCCCGCCGGCAACAGCCUCCCGGAAUACCCCAAGUUCCCAUGCAGCCCCGCUGCUUACACUUUCUCCCCCAACUAUGACCUGAGACGCCCCCAUCAGUAUUUGCACCCGGGGGCAGGGGACAGCAGGCUGCGAGAACCGGUGCUCUACAGCCCCCCGAGUGCUGUCUUUGUAGAACCCAACCGGAACGAAUAUCUGGAGUUAAAAGCAAAACUAAACGUUGAACCGGACUACCUCGAAGUGCUGGAAAAACAGACCACAUUUAGCCAGUUCUAAAAGCAAAGAAACUCCCUUGGAGCUUUUGCGUUUAAAACAAACAAGCAAGUAGACACACAAGGUGAACACAUUUGAUUAAUUGUGUUGUUUCAACGUUUAGGGUGAAGUGCCUUGGCACGGGAUUCUCAGCUUCGGCGGAAGAUUCAGAAAGGGUGUGCAAUUUCCUUUACAUUUUACACGUGGGAAACGUUUGUGUAAACUGGGCACAUCACUUUCUCUUCUUGUGUGUGGGGUGGAGGAGAGGAGAAGGGCUUUAUGGAGGGCAGUUUGCUGCGAGGGUGACUUAUGUUAAAGGUUGCAGUCGUUUUUUAGUUAAGAAUGGUGGAAGAUGACAGCCCAUAGAUCCUACUAUUCCUCUUUUGCUCCCUCACUCCUCCCUUUCUCCCCCUUUAAGCCAUGGGUGGGUCUAAAUGGCUUUGGUGGAGAGACUAGCACACCCCAACUUUAAUAGAAAGUUUGUUCUCUCUAUUCUUCUCCCUCCCUUUCCACCACCCUUCUUAUUCCUUUCCUUUGUUUUUAAAGGAUGUGUUUGUAUGCAUUCUGGACAUUUGAAUUGAAAAACAAAAUAUUGUGAUCUAGAAAAGGAUCACUAUAGAUGUGGACAAAUCAUUAAAAUUACAGAGCUAUAUGAUCCAUAAUUGAUUAGUCAAAAUAACUUAUUGAUGAAAUAUACAAAUAUUUUAUUGUAGCACCUAUUUUUAUAUGCACAUUUAGCAUUCCUCUUUCCUUCACUGUUUAGCCUAUGAUUUUCACAGAGGUAUCGCAUUGUAUCAGGAACUGCAUUACCAAGACUGAAGUGAUAUCAGGAAGGCAUUUUAAAUCAUUCAAAAUGUGGAGCACUUAAUGGCAAAAAUCUUUAAAAGCCAAUGCAGCCACCCAAUUGGACCUGUAAUUUUUUAAAGCUGAUUAUAUCCCAUUGUAUAAAAGAAAAAAAUAGGGCAAUUAAUUGGGCCGUUCAAGAGAAUUUUGUGCAAGUUUUUGGUUUCAUUAGAGAAGAUUUAAAAGUAUUUUUAUUAGUGAACCAAAACGAUGUAUUGAUUUGACUACUAUUGUAGCCGAUUUUCGAUUGUUUAACCAAACCCAGUUGCAUUUGUACAGAUCCACAUGUACUGGCACCUCAGAAGACCAAAUGAUGGACUGUACAAGUAUCUAUACAAUGUCUUUAUCCCUCUGGGCAGCAAGCAAUGAUGAUAAUGAAGAACAGGAUCUCUGUAAGAUGGGGCUAUUGUUGUUAAAUCUCAUAUGUAUCCCAGCACAUGUAAUUUUUUAAAUAGUUUCUGAAUAAACACUUGAUAACUAUGUCAAAUA